AUGGAUGGGAAGACCUUGGAGUACAAAGGGGAGGCAGCACUAAAAGAGCUUGAGCAACUAACAAUGAAAACUUCAGAGAUCCAACGGAACAUUCUGAAAGAAAUCCUUACAAGAAAUGCAGCAACUGAAUACUUGAACAAGUACAUGAAUGGUUCUGUUGAUGUGAAAAAAUAUAAGAAAAUGGUCCCUGUGAUCACAUAUGAGGGAAUCCAUCCUUACAUUCAAAGGAUUGCCAAUGGAGAGAGUUCCUCCAUCAUCUCAGGACAAUCUAUCACCGAGCUGCUGAUAAGCUCAGGGACAUCCAGUGGUGAGCCAAGGUUGAUGCCGUCCAUUGCAGAGGAUCUCGAUCGUCGGACCUAUCUCUACAACCUCAUCAUGCCCAUAAUGAACAGGUACAUUCCAGGACUUGACAAAGGCAAGGCCAUGCACCUCCUCUUUGUGAAAAGAGAGAUGCCAACUCCCUCUGGACUCGCCGCCCGCCCUGUCCUCACCAGCUACUACAAAAGCAAACGCUUCCGCUUCCGUGCUGCCGAUUCCUUUAACGACUUGACAAGCCCCAAUGAGGCCAUUCUCUGCACUGAUGUUCACCAGUCUAUGUACUGUCAGCUCCUUGCGGGUCUCAUCCACCGUCACCACGUUCUACGCGUUGGUGCAGUCUUUGCCUCUGCCUUUCGCUCCAUCCACUUUCUGGAGCGGCAUUGGGCGGACUUUGUCAUUGACAUUCGCCUCGGAAGACCUGGCUCCAUUGUUUCUGAUCCUGCCUGUCGUGCUGCAAUGUGCAAGUUGCUUACUGGCCCCAACCCAGCAUUGGCUGAUGAGGUUCAGCAGAUCUGCAAUGGAAGUGAUAGUGAUGAAAAGGGAGGGAGAUCAUGGAGGGGGAUAUUGCGGAGAUUGUGGCCCGAAGCAAGGUGCAUAGAGGCUGUGCUGACUGGAUCAAUGGCUCAGUAUGUACCGGCGCUGGAGUUCUAUGGAGGGGGGAUACCACUGGUUUGCACAAUGUAUGCAUCAUCAGAAUGUUAUUUUGGUGUGAACCUCUGUCCUCUGAGUGAUCCAGCCGAGGUGACUUAUACUCUGCUGCCUAACAUGGCUUAUUUUGAGUUUUUGCCACUUCAACGUUGGCUAGGACAGAGUUCUGGCUGCAGAGAUGAUGAGGAUGUGGUGGAUGGGGAGAAUUUGGUGGACCUGGCUGAUGUUAAGCCUGGACUCUAUUAUGAGCUUGUGAUUACUACUUUUUCAGGUCUGCACCGGUAUCGAGUUGGUGAUGUUCUUCAAGUAGCUAGUUUCUACAACCAAGCUCCCCAAUUCAAGUUCAUAUGUCGCAGAAAUGUUGUCCUAAGCAUCGAUUCUGACAAAACAAAUGAAGAAGAUCUAUACAAGAGCAUAACUGCUGCCAAGAGGCUCUUAGAAGCUCGUGAUCUUCUUCUUGUGGAAUACACAAGUUAUGCUGAUACAUUAAUGAUCCCUGGCCACUAUGUCUUAUUCUGGGAGAUUGUAUGUACUGCAAAAGCCAUGAACACAGUAAUCUCAUUUGAUACUGAACUACUUCAAGCAUGUUGCAGUGUUGUUGAGGACUCACUUGGCUAUGUUUAUCGAAGAUGUCGAACUCACAAUAACUAUGUCGGUCCCCUGGAGAUUCGAGUUGUCGAGAUAGGCACAUUUGAAGCUCUAAUGGAUCUUCUCAUCGGUCAAGGCGGUUCGAUAAAUCAGUACAAGACCCCAAGGUGUAUUGAAUCUUCUGAUGCACUCCAGCUGCUGAAUUCCAGAGUUAUGGUCUUCUUUAGCCCACAUGAACCUAUCUGGAAUCCUUAG